AUGAGGGGCUCUCGUCAGGAUCCCGAUGCAGGCUCCAAACCUGUUCAGCUCUUUCCUCUGCAAAAAUGGAUUCCGAUAUUGAAGGAUGGGAGCAAUUCUAGACCAGCGAAUGGGAGCAAAGCAUUCAUAGAGCUGCCUAGCACAGUGCGACGGUUUUCGUAUGAGGAGCUGUUGGUUGGAACUCAGAAUCUCUCAGCGUCCCUUCUGGUGGGUCGUGGCGGCUUCGGACCAGUUUAUCAACUCAAGGCCGAUGGUGUUGAGUAUGCAGUGAAAGUUGGAACGAACCUUCCCGACGCCGGGGUUGGACAGGGCAGGCAUGAAUUCGAGAACGAGGCUCUCCUCCUAUGGAUGUGGAAACAUCCAAGAAUUGUGAGCUUGGCCGGCGUAAGCGACGGUCAGUUCCCCUGUCUGAUCUACGAGUACAUGCCGGGGGGGAGCCUGUCCUCAGUCAUCCAUGACUCAAGACGGGCUGCACAGUUCGGGCCUGUCAAGAGGCUGAUGGUUGCUGCUGACGUCGCCAACGCGCUCAUGUACCUGCACGAGGGAGGUCGGGGGGUGAAGCCGAAGAACAACAAGGUGAAGAAGGCUGUCGUCCUACACCGUGACAUAAACUCUUCCAACGUCCUCCUCGAUCAGGAUGGCAGGGGGAAACUCGGAGACUUCGGGCUGAGUGCGAUGCUGCAUGAGGUCGAUGUAGAUAGCGGGAUGGUCAUGAGCGGCAACCAGGUGGUAGGCCAAUGGGCAUGGUCGGCACCAGAGGCCCAGGAGCUGGGAAACAUGACGGCCUCGGACAUCUACUCCUUUGGGCUCAUUCUCCUCCAAAUGCUCUCGGGCUGUGAGGACUCUAUCCUGCCCACUGUGAGAAUAUCCGCUGCCAUGCCAGGAACAGACCCUGUUCUGGACGAUCGCCUGGCUCCUCACGACCCGUGGCCGGCUAUGAUAUCUGAAGCGGUAAGCAAGCUGUCGUAUGAUCCUCGUACCUCGUGA